GCCGUUAGACCAAACCAGCGAGGUUGUGUCUGCCAGGGAAGGAGUCAGACUCGCAGCCGCCCGGGAAGGUGGCCGCCCCGGCAAAGGCCAAGAACGCGGCAGGACGAAGACACACACCGCAUCUAGCCCCGGGCUCGGUGCAGCAGCUCAAACAGGCCCAUGGACCCAGUAUGGCAUCUCCGAGUCCGCAUUCAAGGCGCGCGAGAGAUUCCAUUAUUGCCUUUGGUGCAACAACGAUCUUCACCAGACGCAGGCUUGCCCAUUGAAAGGCAAGGGCAGACAGGGAAACUGAGCACCGCCGAGAGUGACUCGACGACACUCUCGACGCCUUCGGAACCGGUUUCUUCGCGAGUAGCCGGCCUUCAUUUCGAGGCGCAUGCGGAAGUCGAUAGUCCUCCUCUUCUACUUUCUUUUGAGGACUAUGCUGCCCGGCUCGUUCCAACGCUGGGUACUCAAGCUCAAGGACAAGGAGUGUGUGCGGUUUCUUCUCCGUCCGACAACGGCGACAGUUCGUCUUCAAGUGGUUCUUCACGGGAUUCGGCGCGCGAGUUCAACAUAGAGGCAUUGGACCCGCUCACGUCUGAGGACUUUGCAUGGCUUCCUCUCCCGACCACCGGCCGAUUAUCGGGACCGCAAUGUGCAGCACUUAGCGCUAAUCUUCACACUUACCUAUCCUUCUAUGCACCACCAACUUCGCCGACGGAUGACGAAGUCGCGGUGGGGGACAUCUUGGCGUAUACUACCAAGGUGGCCCGCGAGUUUCGCACGCAGCGGUACGAUGACAACAACGGACCGCUGAUGUAUGUCCGCAUUCAGGUUGGGCAAGCGUCCUGCAGCGCUUUGCUGGAUAGCGGCGCGACAUGCAACUUCAUGAGCCAAUCCUUUAUGCAAAGGGCUGGCCUUGGCGCACAGGUUCGGAGGAAGGCAAACCCGACGACGAUCAAGUUGGCGGACGGUAAGACGCAGCAACUUCUCGACCGUUACAUCGAGGCCGUACCGGUCUACUUCGCACCUCAUGCAUGCGAACCGGUCACGUUCGAUAUUCUCGACACGGACUUCGACAUCAUUCUGGGAAUGCCUUGGCUUGCAAGUGCGGAUCACACGGUCAACUUCCAUCGGCGGACUCUUAGCGUUCGCGACGCCUUCGGCGCGGAAGCGGCGUUCCUCGAGCAACAUGAUGGUGUGGACUGGCACCCGGUCGAGUACUUCAGCAAGAAAGUGCCCCUCGUGCAUUCCAUCGACGAUGCACGCAAGAAGGAGCUCCUCGCCUUUGUCCACGCGCUCAAGCGGUGGCGGCACUUCCUCCUUGGUCGAAGCCAAUUUCGCUGGGUAACGGACAACAAUCCGUUGGUCUUCUACAAGACCCAGGUCACCGUCAACAGCACCAUCGCUCGAUGGAUGGCUUUCAUCGACCAGUUCGACUUCUUUCCCGAUCACAUUCCUGGGAAGUCGAACCGUUUUGCGGAUGCUCUUUCACGGCGUCCGGAUCAUUGUACCGCGGUCUACUCAACUUUCGAGAUUGACGACGACCUGCGGAACAGCUUCAUCCGCGGCUACCAAGCCGACCCCGAAUUUCGCGACAAGUACGCGAAUUGCUCCUCGCCUAAUACGUCUCCUUCUCACUACCGGAUCCAGGAGGGGUACUUGCUUGUCCACACGCGGGGGAAGGACCUUCUUUGCGUACCAAGUGAUCCUCACUUGCGUACACGGCUUCUUGGCGAGUUCCACGAUGCUCCCGCCACUGGACACUUCGGGGUCAAUCGCACGAUUGGCCGACUUCGCCAACGAUUUUGGUGGUCUGGCCUUCUCAGCGACGUCACGCGCUAUUGCGAGUCUUGCGAGGUUUGCCGACGCUACAAAUCCCGCAACCAUCGUCCGUACGGUGAGCUACGACCAUUGCCAGUCCCGUUGAGGCGAAGGGAAGCGAUUGCCAUGGACAUUACCGGCCCGUUCCCCAAACACAAGACCGGAGUGGAUGGGAUUCUCACGGUGGUCGACCGACUCACCAAGUUCGCCAUGUUUUUGCCUUGUCGCUAUCAUGCCAAGGCACCGGAGUUGGCCGAGGUUCUGUACACCGGUUGGAUUCGCACCAAGGGUUACCCCAAGGAGAUCGUCUGCGACCGCGACACUCGGUUCAUGUCCGAUUUUUGGUUGGCGCUCAUCAARCGAUGGGGCUCAUCUCUCAAGCCCAGUUCAGCUCGCCACCCUCARACYGAUGGCCARACGGAGAGGGCGCAUCAGACCGCACAGGUUYUCCUUCGCACUCUCAUCUGCCCCGACCAGAAAGACUGGGUUGAGCGACUGCCGGAUGUCGAGUUGGCCUACAACUCUUCCAUCCACCCGGCUAUUGSGAUAUCGCCCUUCGAGUUCGAGCACGGCUCGCCGGUCACGUCACCGUUGGACACUAUCACUCCACGCACGACCGAGAGCGACGACCAUCUUCUUUUCUUCUGUCGGAUGCAAGAGCUUCUUGUCAAGGCACGCGACCAGAUGGCUAAGACACAGCAGCGCAUGAGCCAGCAGGCAAAUCGCCAGCGUCUCCCUUGUCCAUUCCGCGUCGGGGACCUCGUCUGGGUUUCCGCCGCGGAAUUCAGCCUUGAACAAGACAUCUCUCGCAAGCUCCUUCCGAAAUGGAUGGGACCUUGGGCCGAUCAUAGAGCCCGCUGGGGACGCACCCGAAGGACCUUCCUUCACGAUUCAGGUGCCUAGCCACAUGCCCGUCUACCCAGUCUUUCAUUGCUCCAAAUUGGCUCUCUACACGCAUGCGGAGCAUGAUGAUUUUCCCGGAAGACGUACACAGGACCCUCCUUCCAUGGAUGGUUUUCAGGAGGUCGGCGACAUCAUCUCCCAGCGACGCUUUGGCAACAAGCCAACUGAGUAUUUGGUGCAUUUUGCAUACUACACCCACCGAGCUGACCGUUGGUUAACCCGUGCGGAACUUCAAGCGACAGCUCCAGACGUUCUCGCACGCUAUGAGCGCAAGAUGC